AGCCCGGAAGGAGGGGCGGGGGUCGGCGGUUCAGGUUUCUGCGGGCGGCGGGCGGCGGCGGGCGGCGGCAGCGGCGGGGACGCGGCUGGAGGCGGCACCAUGAACCCGCUGUAACGCACAGGCUGCGCGGCGCGGGGGGAGGGGGGAGGAGGAGGCCGCCGCGGCGAAGUUCUCCGCCAUGAACCUGAGGGGCCUCUUCCAGGACUUCAACCCGAGUAAAUUCCUCAUCUAUGCCUGUCUCCUGCUGUUCUCUGUGCUGCUGGCCCUUCGUCUGGAUGGCAUCAUUCAGUGGAGUUACUGGGCUGUUUUUGCUCCAAUAUGGCUGUGGAAGUUGAUGGUCAUUGUUGGAGCCUCAGUUGGAACUGGAGUCUGGGCACGAAAUCCCCAAUAUCGAGCAGAAGGAGAAACAUGUGUGGAGUUUAAAGCCAUGCUAAUUGCAGUGGGCAUCCACUUGCUCCUGUUGAUGUUUGAAGUUCUGGUCUGUGACAGGAUUGAAAGAGGAAGCCAUUUUUGGCUUCUGGUCUUCAUGCCUCUGUUCUUUGUUUCCCCGGUGUCUGUGGCAGCUUGUGUUUGGGGCUUUCGACACGACCGGUCCCUGGAGCUAGAAAUACUGUGUUCUGUCAACAUCCUGCAGUUUAUAUUCAUUGCCUUAAGACUGGACAAGAUCAUCCACUGGCCCUGGCUUGUCGUGUGUGUUCCCCUGUGGAUUCUUAUGUCCUUUCUGUGCCUGGUGGUCCUCUAUUACAUCGUGUGGUCUGUUUUGUUCCUGCGUUCCAUGGAUGUGAUUGCAGAACAGCGAAGGACACACAUAACAAUGGCACUGAGCUGGAUGACCAUUGUCGUGCCUCUCCUUACUUUUGAGAUCCUGUUGGUUCACAAACUGGAUGGCCACAACGCAUUCUCUUGUAUCCCAAUAUUUGUCCCCCUUUGGCUCUCCUUGAUCACUCUGAUGGCAACCACAUUUGGACAGAAGGGAGGAAACCACUGGUGGUUUGGUAUUCGCAAGGAUUUCUGUCAGUUUCUGCUUGAAAUCUUCCCAUUUUUGAGAGAAUAUGGAAACAUUUCCUACGACCUCCAUCAUGAAGAUACUGAGGAAACCGAAGAAACCCCAGUUCCUGAACCUCCUAAAAUUGCUCCAAUGUUUCGGAAGAAGACCAGGGUCGUUAUCACCCAGAGCCCUGGGAAGUAUGUCCUCCCACCUCCCAAACUGAAUAUUGAAAUGCCAGAUUAGACACCACUUCCUUGGACAGAAUGCAAGCGGACCACCGGGACGCACACACGCUGUCUCCUACCCUCCUCUGCCUCUUUGUUGACCCCACCCAGAACUGGAGCCGAGGCCAGGGCUCCGGGAACUUCCAUCUCAUGCCUUGUUUGCACUCAAUGCCUACCAGUGACUCACCCUGACGGGACGCACACAUGGCAGGUGACUGGCACCCGCGGUGCGGGCUGGGCUAGGGCGCGUGUCAGUGGACGUGGGCGUGAAGGAGGGAGUGUGUGUGAGAAGGGGAAAGCCAUCACCUCUGGGCAGGCGCCUCAGGAGCUGACUUGGAUCUGUUAGGGAUGGCUGCUUAGGCCAGAGAAGGAGCUGGUUUUCAAAGUGCUAAAAUUCCUAUUGAAAGUGUUCUUGGAAAAUGGUUUUUUAGACCAGGCCGGCCACACCAUGUAGCUUAGAUUCUCCUGUCGCAGCGUAGUCAGUAGGAACUGUAAAUACGCCUCUGCGGCACCACGAGUGUACCUACACCGUCAUUACUGUUUGUGUUCCUGCUGUGGAAGUCGUUUCUCUUUGGGCAAUGCUGACAGCAGUUUUUAAUGGCCCCAUCGGUGAGCCCUUUCCAAUGGAGUGACUCCGUGCCUGUAUAGUAUUUAUACAAAUAUUUUAGCAUUGUAAUAUACCGUGUUAAAUCCUAGUUCUGUACAGUAUAUUCUGUUAAAGUAUUUUUUUACGAGCUUGUAUGGGAGACGUGUGUUCUGUUGCAGAAGCAGAAGCUGCUGGCGCACCUGUCCCGCCCAGGGGGUGUCACCCCUUAACGGGCCAUCGUCAUCACCCCCCUUGAAAUCCUCCACACACACAGUGGCUGCUACUGCCAGAACAGCCACAAUAAGCAAGAAAUGGUUUGUGCUUUUCCUACAUUCUGGGAAUAUGUGCGUGAGCUGAAACUAGAGAAACUGGAAGAAGUUGCUGAAACUGGAAACAGCCACUGGAAUCACGUGUUUGUUAGGGUCUGAGGCCCUUUGUCGGGCCCCCAACAAAAGUCCUUCCGGCCGGCCAGCCCCGUGCUUUCAACUAGGAGUACACUUGCUCCAAGAGCUGCUGGUAGAGCCCUGGGCGAAGCAGAAGAAAGCAGAUCCUCCAGGAUAAGAGCCUUUGGCCUGAGAACAAGUAGCCGUUUGUGAAAGGAGGGAAAAGGCGCACUGGCAUUGUCACGCAGGAGAGGGAAGGGUUUAACGGGGGCAGCUGCUGACAUCUCUCCGUCAGGCUCGGCCGACGUCCAGCACACGAGGCCGCCUGGAAGCGGCGCCCAGCAAGCCUGUUGUCUCUGGGGGGGAGGGGGAACGUUGGGAAUGGCAUAGCCUUUCUUGCUUGCUGUGUAACAAAUGUAGCUCAAUCCACUAUUUUUGCUCCCUGCAGUUGUUCAAUAAACUGGUUCCUCCUUUUCCAUGGUA